AGACUUGGUCGAUUCUUUCAUUGGAAAGAAGUGUGUAUAUUUUUCUGUAUCAAAAAAGUCAAAUCUCUUGAAAAGAAAAUAUUUGUGUAUAUCUUUAGAAAUGAAAGUAUUUAUUGCUUAUUUUUUGUGAAUCAAUACAAAAAAAAUUGUAUAAUAAAUUUCAUUUCUCGUUAGUGUUCAUUGGUGGGUUGUCGCGUAAACUUUAUUAACCUCAAAUUUUAAUCUCAAAAUUGAAAUUCGGAAAAUUCAAUAAGCUAAUUAAAUUAAAAAACGCAUUUCUUUACAAUUGCAAUCGUAUUAUUAAGCAUUAAGAAAGGAAGAUAUUAAUUAUUUGUAGUAAAUAACGGUCGAGAUUUCGACCAGAUUACCCCGAAACACCGAUGACGAGAAUGAGUUCGCAGCAAAGUCCAGCCGCGUUACAAUCGACGGUGGAUCGUGAAAAAGUUUAUACUUGGAUAAUUGAAUUGUCUAAUUCAGAAACGAGAGAAAAUGCAUUAUUAGAACUUAGUAAAAAACGAGAAGUGGUACCGGAUUUAGCUCCAAUGCUAUGGCAUUCAUUUGGAACUAUAGCGUCGCUACUUCAAGAGAUAAUAAAUAUUUAUCCUGCUAUUAAUCCAGCUACAUUGACUGCAUAUCAGAGUAAUCGAGUAUGUAAUGCAUUAGCUUUAUUGCAAUGUGUUGCCAGUCAUCCGGAAACUAGAUCAUCAUUUCUUCAAGCCCAUGUACCAUUGUUUUUAUAUCCAUUUUUGCAUACAGUCAGCAAAACGCGUCCAUUCGAAUAUCUCCGGUUAACGAGUUUGGGAGUAAUAGGAGCUUUGGUAAAAACAGAUGAACAAGAGGUGAUCACAUUUUUACUCACUACGGAAAUCAUUCCGCUUUGUUUACGCAUCAUGGAAAGUGGUUCAGAGCUGAGCAAGACAGUAGCUACGUUUAUUCUACAAAAGAUUCUACUCGAUGAUAGUGGUCUUUCAUACAUAUGUCAAACGUAUGACCGAUUCAGUCAUGUUGCAAUGAUUUUAGGAAAAAUGGUAUUGUCCUUGGCCAAAGAUCCUUCAGCCAGAUUGUUGAAACAUGUAGUUAGAUGUUAUCUCAGAUUAUCAGAUAAUCCAAGAGCAUUGUUAGCGCUCAGACAAUGUUUGCCAGAUCAACUUAGAGAUAAUACAUUUGCAACAUGUUUGCAAGAGGACGCAUCUACUAAACAUUGGUUAAAUCAACUUUUGAAGAAUUUAGAAACUGGUCCACAACCGGGACCUCCAGCGCAACCAGGUCAACAAGAUCCUAGGACUAUUGGCAUGUCACCUCUUGCUUCUUAAACCGUAUACUUUCUUAUAUUCAAAAGAAAUACGAAAUUGAAAAGACAAGAGUUCAACAAAUUGAUUUUAUGGAUUGAAGGGCGAUCAAUGUGUGAUCGUAAGUUAAUAGACGAAAUGCCGUAUUUUUGAUCAUGAAAAUAGAAAUGAAUGCACAGUUUCACGAGAGUGAAUUAUGCAUUAUACUACACAUGACAACGGUGGUGAUAGUAGCGAUGAUAUCGAUGAUGUUUACAAUUAGCUAAAGAAAUGAUCAAAUGUUUAUUCAUGGAAGAAAAGGAAGAGAGAAACAUUUGAUAUUUGUAAGAUGCAGAUUUGAUAAUUUCUAAAUAGAACGAACGUGCGUAUUAUAUAAACGUGGGAAUCGUUUCUAUGUUCUUCUGUGUAUCUUUUUUCCUGCUCUUUUUUCUUCUUUUCUUCGUCUUUUUUAUUACAUUUUUCCUAUUUUAGUAAAUGUUCUCUUUGUAAUUAUUCUUUGUACAAAGUUUGUAAAUUGAAAAUACAAGAAAAUAUAUGUGUGCGCGCGCGUGGGCAUAUUAUAUGUAUAUUAUGCGUACAUACAUAUACAUGUAUAAUAUACGUAUAUAUGCACACAUGCACAGAUGUCUGUACAUAUA